AUGACGCCCAAAACGGAACCCUGGUACGAAUACACCAUGAACGAGACAAAGACUCGACAUCGCAUGCAACUUGCAGAUAUCCGUUUCUGUCAGUUCCAGGCAUAUGCAGAUCCAACGAAAAAGGAAGAGAUCACCGAGGAGUUGAAGCACUUGCCUAGUGCCCACACUGACGCCGAUGACAAUAUUCGCGAGUCUCAUGUCGAUAUGCUGCGAGCAAACAUGCUAAGAAUCAUGGGCCCCGCCAGAGAAUAUCAAGCCUACAUGAACGAACUGUUUUCUAAGUGCAUUCGUGGUCUCGAAGACAGUAUCUCUUGGAACGAUACGUCAAGCCUGUGA